CGGCGACGUGACUUAGAUAGCCUACCUCCCCGUCGUGGCGAGGACUCCGACGAUUGCUGCGGGCUUGGAUCUCCGCUCGACUCACGUAGCAGAAAGGAAGUCCGGGUUCACACGCACUGGGGGUUCCGACCCCAGGACACUCUUGGCCGUGUUGGACAAGUGGAGAGGUCGCGACUGACGCACGCAGUCUGUCCUCCCGUGGCCUCCUCGCGUGCAGCUCCGACCAGCGGCGACGUGACCGAUAGCCGGGGCGCGGACACGUUGGUGUCAGCUCCAGAAUUACUUUCCGCGCGUGUAGUUACGUCGCAAAACCACUUUGGAGAGAUGGCACACGGGAAUGAGGAAGCAGCCACCCCGACUCCCGAAGACCUCACCAGCCUCUUGAAUGUCGCCCUGUCAUGAACAGCUUCUCAGGCGAAGUGCUGCACCUGCCCAAGCACUGAAGAUGUGCCGCGCACACUUUGAACUUAGUGGCGACUGAGAACGUAGACAAAAGAUGCACGAUCAGCACGUAUACCGUCAGAUGGCAACGGCCGUGCUUGGAACACUGAAACUUAUUUGGAAUAAGCAGGGCCAGUCCACCCGAACAGCAAAAGUCAUAAAAAAAAACAAAAAAACUAGGGAGAUAUUUUUCGGUUCCUAACACUACUCGCUGGAAUUCAAUGAAGUCAGUUGAGGAGGCCCCGAAGGACAAGAUAGAGGCUGUCUGCGACGCCCUCGCACUGCCGCGUCUACAAAAAGACGAUCAGAAGUUAAUCGAGGAGUAUUGCCAGACCAUGAAAAGAGUUACCAAGGCGCUCGACAUCCUACAAGGUGAACGGUACAUGUUCAUGGGCGCUUCGGUGCCGACAUUAAUGGCGUUGAUGCGGCAGCUACAUUCACAGCCUACGCUAAAGUUUAGCAGCUCGCUUGCAGACACAGUGAAGAUCGCAGUGAUGUCGAGAUUUUCUGAAGACCUCAGGUCCGACGAGCUCCUUCUGGAUACAGUGGUGCAUCCAAAUUUAAAAUUUCAUGGAUUCAUGAAGCGCAGAAAACGCAUUCUAUGCUUCUUGAAGAGGAACGUAACGCACUGCGCCCUUCCGAGGAAGCUACACGGGAGCCAACAAGCGAUGAAGACGACGACGACGACGACUCCUUCUUGUGACUGCGUCCUAAUGUUAAAUUUACCAGUGAAGCACAGCAAUGGAAGACUGACACCUCAUCAACGGCGUUAUCUAGCCUCAACGACUUUCCCAGCAUUGAGAUGUUUUUACGCCUCAAUGCCGCACUUCCUUCUAGCGCACCUGUCGAACGUAUUUUCAGCAAGGGGCGGGAGAUUUUCAACAUCAAGAGGGGAAAGCUGAGCGACAAGAACUUCGAAAAGCAGUUGCUGCCUCGAUACAACAUGGAGUAAAUAACAACACGGCGUUUAAAUAUAUCUCGAAAAGUUUAGAGUUUUCAGAAAUUCCCAAAUAAAUGUA